AUGAAUCAAGGAUUUAAUCCUCUUUUCGAGCCAAAUAUUUUCAACAUUGGUCAUUCUGAACCUGAAUAUAUAGAAUUGGGAACAAUUCCAAGCUCAAAUAUUUCAUGCGGAUUAACAACUGUGAAAUUUGAUACGCAUGAAGAAUUAAUAUGGACGGGAAAUCAAAAUGGAUACGUGACGAGCUAUUAUGGACCAACAAUGCAAAAGUACACAGCGUUCCGUGUAAACCAAACAGAAAUGGUACAUCAAAUCGAAACAAGUUCUCAAGGAAUCUUCGCUCUCACCAGCACAUCAUUAAGACACCAAAUCAGACGAGGAAUUCCCAAAUUCACAUACAGAUCAAAAAACUUGAAUGACGCUCUUUGUAUGUUUUCCCUCUCACCAACAAGAAUGCUCAUAGCGGGUCAUCAAGAACAUAUAAUAGAUUUGGAUCUUGAAACGUUAACGGAACAGCAGUUAGUUGACUGCAGUGGGUGUGCAAUCAUUCGACAUCAUUCAAGAUUUCUUUGUUGUGGUGACGUCAAUGGUUGCAUCACCCUGAGAGAUCCAAUUUCACUUCACGAAGAACACAAACUCAUGACACAUUCAGCAUCUCUUAACGACUUUGAUGUUCAGGGUAAUUAUUUGAUUUCCUGUGGAUUCAGUGACAUGAAUGGAAAGCUCUCAGUUGAUCGAUUCCUCAUGGUCUACGAUAUGAGAAUGUUGAGACUUGUGUCACCAAUUCAAGUACUUAUCGAUCCAACGUUCCUUCGAUUCCUUCCAUCCUUUGUGUCUCGUAUUGCGAUUGUUUCGCCUCUUGGACAACUUCAAUUAGUCGACACUGUUGAGUUAAGUCAACCACGAGUGUGCAUGUAUCAAAUAAACAUUGCAUCACAAUGCAUGUCGUUUGAUAUUUCAUCAUCAAACCAAGCGAUGACAUUUUGUGACAACACAGGUCAAUUAAGUCUCAUCAGUUCGAUUUCAUCGCCACAACCACAAUUUAAUAAUUUUUCAAGAGAAACUGAAUUUCCUGACACACCUGAACAGCUGCCGUUUGUAUCAGUCAACGACAUAAAUUUUCCACUUUCGUCAAUUCUUUUACCGCAAUUACAAACUGGAACAUGGUUGAGUGAUUUACCAAAGGAAAUGUAUGAAUAUCAAUAUCGUCGUCCAAAACCAAUCGAUCCAAUCAUAUUAAGCACAAUGAAGACACAAGGAACGAUAAGUUAUGCGCCAAAUCCAAGAUUAACUAAACGAAAUCAAAUUCCUUACAUUCUCGAAACUGAUUCAUCUGUUAAUGAAGACACUGAAGUGAUUUCAACGACAAGUAUUUCAAUUAAGUCAUCGUCACACAUUCCGAAGCAUUAUCAGAAGCUUGAAAUCAAAUACAAAGGAAUGAUGGAAUUUGAUUUUACGGAAUACAAUCAGACUGAAUUCUCGGGACUUGAAGCCAUGUUACCGAAUGCUUAUUGCAAUGGAAUGCUUCAAGUUCUCUUCUUCUUUGCACCUUUAAGAAAAUCACUUUUGACUCAUACAUGCACGAAAGAAUUUUGUUUAACAUGUGAAUUGGGAUUUUUGUUUCACAUGUUGGCAAAUAAUCGAAGUAAACAGCCGUGUCAAGCGAGUAAUUUCUUAAGAAGCUUUCGAACUGUUCCUGAAGUGUCCGCGCUUGGACUUGUGAUAAGUGAUCGAAAUGCUGGCCGAAGUAUUAAUUUGAUUCGUUUAAUUCAGAACUGGAAUCGUUUUAUGCUUCAUCAAAUGCACACAGAAUUGCAAGACACAAGAAAGAGAACCAGCAUACCAAGUCAAGAUGUUGAAUUGACGAAACUUGUGUCGACAGUUGGUAAACGUCUUGAAGAAACUUCACUCAGUGAAAACGAGAAAAAAUCGGAAAAUUCAGAAGAAGAAGUUGAGGAAGACAGAUAUCAAUUCUUGGAUAAUAACAAGACAUCACCAGACAAUGAAUCGACUCCACCAGAAGAGACGGAUGUGAGUUUGUUGUUCGGCAUGAAGCAGAAAGUUGUUCAUCGUUGUUUAAAGUGUAAUGAGAAGAAGCUGAAGACAAAUGUCGUUCUUGUUUGCAAUCUCCUCUAUCCACUUAACAAUUCACAAGAAAGUGGUGACUUCUUAAAGCUUUUGAAAGAAUCAAUGAAUGUUGAAAAGACUUUGAAUGUUUGGUGUGAUUCUUGUAAUCGUUUCAUUCAACAUAAUCACUGCGCUCGAAUCACUGACUUACCAAACAUUCUAGCAAUCAAUUGUGGAUUGGAUAAUGAGAAGGAAUUAGAAUUCUUGAAGAAAUAUCUGAAUCAAACGCAUCAAGAUUUCAAUAAUCAAAGUCCAGUAAGCGAACCGUUGAUGUCUAAAGCGUGUCGUUAUGGAAUGAAAUGUACGCGAAUUGAUUGCAUGUUUACACAUCCAAAUAGAAAGCAAACAUCAAGUGAAUCAUCAUCAUCGAAUGGACAUAAUGGAAAGCCUUGUGAUCGAUGGUUUCCUUUGAGCUUUAAAAUAUCAAUUAAUGAGGCUGAAAAUAUUUUAAUUGACGAGAAUGAUUUGAAGAGCGAUGGGGACAAUUCAGUGAGAUUGUUCAGUUUAGUUGCAGUCACUUAUUGCAUCGAUGAUGGCCAACAACGAAACUUAAUCGCAUUCAUUCUAAAGAACGACCAAUGGUUUGUGUUUAAUGACUUUUGCAUUAAGAAAGUCAAUGAAGAUGAAGUCUUGACUGUUGUUCUUGAUUGGAAAAUUCCAACGGUUUUAUUUUACAAAGACACGUCUUUCGACAUGAAUGAAAACGAUGUUGUGGUUCAUGAAAGUCCUUUCACCUCUGAUUUGCUAUUGAAUGAAAAAUUCUUUGCGAAGUUUGAACUGGAUUCCAGUAAUUUUCUUCCACUAUCAAAGGAUGAAAUUCCAAAGCAAGGUGAUCUCGUUGCAAUGGAUGCAGAAUUUGUGACUUUAAAUCCCGAAGAAAGUGAAAUUAGUUCAGAUGGAAAAAUGACUAUAAAGCCUCGUGUAGCAAGUGUUGCUAGGAUAAGCUGCAUUCGAGGACCUGGAAAUGACAAAGAAGGCGUCGCAUUUAUCGACGAUUAUAUUUUAACUUGCGAACAAGUUUCCGACUAUUUGACAAAAUUUUCUGGAAUCAAACCGGGAGAUUUGGACGCCAAUUUGAGUAAUAAACGAUUGACGACUUUAAAGAGCUCUUAUCAGAAGCUUCGAUAUCUUGUUGACAGUGGAGUAACUUUUGUCGGUCAUGGACUUAAGAAUGAUUUUCGUGUCAUCAACUUACACGUACCAUCGAAACAAAUCAUAGACACGGUUUAUUUGUUUCACUUUCCCCAUCAUCGCAUGGUGUCGUUGAAGUUUUUAGCUUGGCAUUUUCUUGGAAUUAAAAUUCAAUCAGAAACUCAUGAUUCCAUCGAAGAUGCUCGAACAUCACUUCAACUGUACAAACAUUAUCAAAAGCUUCAAUUGGAGGAUGCCGUAAGCUCAGCACUUAACACACUCUACGACGUCGGAAAGCAAUUGCAAUGGAAAGUCCCAGAAUAAACAAUCAAGUGGAAAUCAUACUCAAGUGAUGUCAAUCUCAGUAUUCAUCUUAAAAAUCGAAGUUUUCAUUUAAAUUGUUUUUCUUUUUAAGUCACACACACAAACACAGACACAAAAUAAUUUUAAUUAAAGUUACGUAAGUUUUAAACUCAUUAUUGUAUCGUAAGAAAUUUUAAUUUUACAAUAAAGAAAUAAAAUUGAAACAAACA